AUGCCUAUUCGUAUUCUCUCCUUUCCUAUCGCGGUUCUUCAAAAUGCUCUAGAGUGUAUGGAUAUUCGCGAUUUAGUUGCCUUCUCUCGAAAGGACAAUCAUGUUCAAAUUUUGGUCAGCAGCAGAAAUUCGAAUGCGGAGCCCCGAAUGGAACGAAUUCAUCAAAGAUUCAUCGUCAGUUUAUUAUCGAGCUCUUGUGCAAAAUCAGCCGUUCCAGUCUACAUCAUCUUCGCAUCCUGGUCCGCAGAAGAGUCAAAUGCAUUUGAUGAAAUUUCGAAAAAGGAGAAAUACUAG